GACGGUCCCGAGGCGUGGCAGGUUCGAAUCCCGCUUCCCCAUUUCCCUGCCUCGAUGUCAGAGGCUUGAGAUCCUUGAACCCUGGCGGUCACCAGCCCUCGCCUCAAAUCCUCGCUUGCCCUCUAUCCUCCAUGAACAGCGACCAUGACAAAGGCAAAGUACAUCCUUUGCAAUUGGAGGAAGCGGUGGUGGCCUGCAAAGGUUUUGACUGCCGGCCGGACUUCCAGAAGGCAAGCGGAUCUGAAGAGCAAGCCGAGAACCCUUCUGGUUGAAAUCCUCUGCCUGAACAAACAGGCCCGUGUGCGCCUCGCAGACAUCAAACCUUUGCUGGAGGAGGACAUCAACAGCAUCGCCUCUCAGUUAGGUGACCAACCCAACGCUUCAAGAGGUCAGAGCAAGAAAAACCGCAAAGUCCUAUAUGAGCUGAUCUAUCGGCAUGCUCUGCGGCAGGCCCUGGAUAUCCUGAGCGGAGGGCGGAAAGGAAAAGCGUCACCCCAGAAGGACAUCCCUGCUGGAGCGUCGCUGGAGCAUCUGGCUAAGUGUCACCAUCUCCAGUCUCCAAGGGACCCGCACGAGGAAGAAAGCAGGGAGGGUACCCUUGAGUGUUGCCUCAGCUCCAAGGCCUCUCCCAUCUCUGAACGGCAGCACCUCGCAGGCUUCGGGGAGGCGGCUGGCCAGCACUGCUCCUUUCCUGAAGCAGCAACGACCGUAACUCCCCAGAAACAGCAGGAGCCGUUGCCCAAAUCUGAUGCAGGCCAGAGGCAGCUGCAGUCCUUUAAGGAGAGGGGCGAGGGGUGCUGCCAAUCUCGUGGCAAGUCUGGCAAGGGCAGCGGCUUCCCAUCGCCAAACAGAAUGAGCACCCCGGCGGCCGCCGCUCGGAAGCGCCGGCCCAGGUUCGCAAAGUCUGGUGCGGAGCCCCGGGUGCGGAAGAAACUGCUGGGCUCCCCCGCCGGAUGCGUUUCAGCUGAACCAGCCAGGGGAGAGGAAGGGGGGACUCCGCCCAGGAGAUACGGCAGCAGGCGCCCAAAGGGAACACGGCAGGAACAAACCUGCACGCGGAAUCGAGGAAGGAAUCGUCCGGGGGACUCGAACUCCUCUGCAGACGACUCUCUUUUGGGAGGCAAGGCGGGGCAAAGGGAGGAUGCGGCCAUCAACGUGAAGCAGUUCCAGUUUCAGGAAUCUGAAGAUGAAGAUGAAGAAGGAUUCGCACCCGCCUCUUCCCUGCAGCUUAGCCCCAUCAGGAGGUACAGUCACAGCCCAGCUUCCGGGGACGAUGAGGACGAGGAACUCCCAAGCAUCCUCUUCCACCCAGAGCCCUGCACCAUCGAAGCCGGGAUGCUGGUUUGGUGCAAGAUGCCAAGACAACCCUUUUGGCCUGCAGUGGUGAAAAGAGUGCAGCAGAAAGCCAGGAAGGCCAACGUCAUCCUCAUCCAGGACAGCUUGGGCAUGAAAUCCAAGGGCUUCUGCACUUCGUUCAGAAACCUGAAGCAUUACGAAUGCAAGGAGAAGGGAAAACUGAUAGCCAAAGCCCAAGAAAGCCACCCUCACGAUAUCGACUGGUGCAUCAAGUUGAUAACAGACUACCUAGUUCGAGUAGGCUGCGAAUCUUUCACGGGGUCCUUCCUGGAGUAUUACGCCCACGAGAUGAGCUACUCUGUCCGAACAGGCGCUCUCCACAAACCGCUGCAGGAGACCUUUCCGGAGAUGGAGGAAGCGGACCCGGGCGAGUCGCCGUCUGAGCCAUCGCCUACUAAGCCCCCCAGGAAAGUCCUCCCGGACCGGGCCCGUGCCGCCCGGGACAAGGCCAACAAGCGCAUUGUUGAGUUCAUAGUGAAGUCCAAGGGGGCGGACGACCACCUCCACUCCAUCCUAAGGAGAAAGAAGCCUUCGCACUGGCUGAGCAACUUCUUCGUCCCCCGGCCGUACCUGUCCUGCAUGGAGAUUUACCUUGAGGAUGACCACCAGCAGGACCUCGUUCUCGAGUACCUGCGAGGGGUUUACCAAGAGGCAGGCCCCAAGGUGCUGCCCGAAGUGAGCAGGGACAGUAUCAAGUUCAUCUUGGACGUCUUGUUCCCCGAGGCGAUCAUCUACGCCAUUUCAGCCGUGGACCAUAUCGACUACAAGAAAGCGGAAGAGAUAUAUUUGAGGGGGCCUCUGGUGAGCCAAAGGGAAAGAGAAAUCUUUGAGGAAGAAAUCCUUGAAAAGAAGAGGAGAAAGAUUCUGCAGAGCAAGAGGCCUCCUCCGGAAGCCAGCCAGUGAAGCCUUCUACACCCACCCCCCGUCCCGGAGGACACAGGACAAGUUCUAUGUAGGGCUUGUGACACAAAAUAGGAAGUGCGUAGUCCAUAGAGGACACCAGAGCUUUUAUUUUUAAAUAUAUGUUUGUCUAUGUAUCAAAUAUUCUGCAAGAAGUUACAUGUGAUUCCUGAACCACCACAAUCCCAUCAGAGCAAAUUGGGCUUUUGUGGCCGUGAAACCCUCUCUCUCUCUCUCUCUCUGCCUCAAGAGCUGCCAAAAAAUA